AUGUCCCUCUUCGACUACGUUUGGAAACCGAAGACCGUUGAAGAUAGCAUCGAUGCGGGGGUUCAUCCCGCAGUUGCCGCGCUGCGUAGACAGGAAGCAGACAAGCAGCGAACAGUAAACGAUGCAAUUGUGGGGAAGAGAUGGCAUGGCCAGUCCAGAAAUGCUCCUGACGUGGACAUCAACAAGUUGAGUACCAUGGACUCCACCUUCGACCCUUCGCAGUUCUUCAAGCAAUCCAAGAAGCUUGGCGUCCACCCGCUGGACUUCAUGGAGAAAAAAGUGACGGAACCGUCCAUUCCUGGUGCUGGGAGCAGCAAGGACAAGAAGAAAGACAAGAAGAAGGAGAAGAAGGACAAGAAAAAGAAGAAGGACAAAAAAAAGAAGAAGGACAAGAAAAAGAAAAAGAAGAAGGGAUCGUCGUCCUCGUCCUCCUCAAGCUCAUCGUCUGGCUCUUCAAACAAAAAGAGGAAGGCUGAGGAGGAGCUGCAGCAGUACCAGAUGCGAAUAGCGGAGGCCCGGCAGAAGCAGCAAGCCCUGGCGGAGUUGGAGCAGAUGAAGGCUCAGAGGAGGGCCGAAAAGGAAGCUGCUGCCAGGGCCUCGCAGCAACGCAUGACCCCCAUGAGGCCUGAGGAGGGUCACGCCAUGGCAAGGCAGUUGGAAAGGCAGUACUUCUCCCAGUUCAAGGUGCUUGGGGGCAAGCAGAUGCCCGAGCCGACGUGA